AUGAAUUACAUAUCAGAUACAAAAAAUACAGAAGUGAAAGUGGAUCAAUUGUACAAGGAUAAAGCCACUCUGAUAUCUGUAAUGGCAAAAUACAAAAUAAAACAUGGCUUUAAUUUCAGAGUAAAGAGAUCUGAUAACAGGAGCUACAAAUUAUUGUGUUCAUCAAAUGACUGUUGUUGGAGAUUGAGUGCAUCUGUUAGGAAGAAAUCAGAUUUAUUCAAAGUGAGGUACUUCAAUAGUGAGCAUACAUGUCCGAUAAGGGAUAGGUUAUUAACAAAGGUUCAAGCUACAAUUGGGUUUAUAAGUGUUGUGUCAGCGCCUAAAUUGCACAAUCAUAAAAGAAUUCAUACACCAAAUGAUGUUAUUGAGGAUGUUAGAGCACUGUAUGUGAUUGAUAUUUCACACCACAAAGCAUGGUGUGCUAAGGAGCGCGCAUUAGAGAUGAUAAGGGGUAAAUCUGCGAAUGGAUAUAGACAGUUGCCUAAAUAUCUAUAUAUGUUGGAAACUGUGUAUCCAAAUUUUUAUAUACGGAUGCAUAAGUCAGAGGAAAAUAAGUUCAUGUAUCUGUUCAUAUCAUUAAGGCCACUAACGAGAGGUUUUGACUACUGUAGACCAGUAGUUGUUGUUGACGGUGCACAUCUUGGUGGAGCUUACAAAGGAAUUUUUGUAUUAGCAAGUACGCUUGAUGGUGCAGCUUAUGGAGUGGUGGACAGUGAAAACGAUUGUUCAUGGACAUGGUUCUUCCAACAGUUUAAAAGUGCAUUUGGGGAAAGGGAACAAAUCUUCAAGAGAAGCAAAAACGUACUAAGUGAUGUGUUCUAUUCAAUGGCCAAGACUUAUAGAAAAGAGGAUUUUGAGAAAUUGAUGGCUAAAGUCGUUAAAAUUGACAAUCGGGUUAAGAUGUAUCUUGAGGAUACUGGUUAUGAAAAGUGGUCAAGAGUUCAUGCAACAGUAAACAGGGGGAGAAUGAUGACCUCUAACAUAGCAGAAUGUAUCAAUGAAUGCCUUGUUGAAGUGCGACAACUACCUAUAAUACAAUUUUUGGAAAAAGUCAGAGUUCUAUUCGGUUCUUGGAACUCUAAAAAUAGAGAAAUAGCAUCUUAUACAAAGGAAACAUUGGGGAAGAGAUUUGAAGAGUUGUUGAUUAUAAACGCUUCUAAAUGUUCAAAAAUGCAGGUUGUGCAAUCUACUGAAUUUAUAUAUUCAGUUUUUGAAUGUGGGCGAAAAUUCAUUGUUUGUCUGGAGAGAAAGAUCUGUAACUGUGGGAGAUUUCAAAUAGACGAGAUACCUUGUGCACAUGCAUUUGUUGUUUUCAAGAAGAAAAACAUUAUAGAUAUACAUUCCUACUGCUCAGAUUACUAUAAACCAGCUGCAUUAGAAAACACAUAUGAAGUUCCGAUGGUUCCAAUGCCGGACAAAGAGGAUUGGUCAGCACCGGAGUUUGUUUUGGAAGAAAUCGUAUUGCCACCAAGAUACAAAAGUUUGGCUGGACGACCAAGGAAAAAGAGGAAGAAAAAUCCAGGUGAAAAGAUAAGCAAAAACACAAAUCAUUGUGGACGUUGUGGACAAGAAGGUCACAACAUAAGGACUUGUACUUUCUUCCUGAAAGAAGACUGA